GGCCCCUGUACCGCCUCCUCCAUGCAGCUGCCAGGCCCGUAAUCUGCAAUGGGCCCUGUAAAACCGACUCCUCAUGCUGCUCGCCAGGCCCGUAAUCAGUACAUGGGCCCCUGUAACCCGACUCCCCAUGCUGCUGCCAGGUCCAGAGUGUGUCAUGGUCCCUGUACGCCUCCCUUUGCUGCUGUCUCUAUCGCCACACCUGCCAUGUUAGCCCACUUUGCAGGUCUCCUCACACUGCUGGUGUUUUCCAUUUUUGUCAUAGGGUGCUGUAUGGCCUUCCCCUUGCUGCUGCCUCCACCGCCACACUGUGGCUCCACACUCUGUUUUGGCCCCGUGACUGCCCAAAGAGUGAAGUGUGCUGGUGAUAUCUAAGAUCGACGGCACUCAAUUCUGCAUGUCCAGAAUUAAACAAGACUGACAGUAUUAAUUCUCUUCCACAGCAGA